AUGAAGGCCGUGCUGAGCCUCCUGCUCCCCUGCCUCCUGGCCCCGCUGUGGCUGGUGCCCGGCUCGGCCACUUGGCCCACGUCGCCACAGGCCCAGACAGGGCUGGAGACUCCGCACCCCACUGCCCAGAACCAGACCAGCGAGGGCAUGCGGACUCCAGAGGAGGAGGAGGAGGAGGAGGAUGUGCUGGUGGUGGAGGUGGGGAAGGAGGAGGAGGAGGAGGAGGAGGAGAAGGAGGAGCCCUGGCUGAUGGCCAGCAGGCAGCAGCUCUCUGAGACCACCUCCAACUUCGGGUUCAGCCUGCUGCACAAGAUCUCCAUGAGGCAUGACAGCAACGUGGUCUUCUCCCCGCUUGGCCUGUCCUUGACUGUGGCAGCCUUGAUGCUGGCGGCCAGAGGGCAGACCAAAGCCCAGCUGGAGAGUGGGCUCCACCUGCAGGUCCCCAACCAGACCAGCCUGGGCGUGCCUGCCCUCUUGAAGCAGCUCAGAGAGAGCCUCUCCCGCAACCAGGAGCUCGGCCUCGCCCAGGGGAGCUUUGCCUUCAUCCACAAGGAUUUUGAUGUCAAAGAGACCUUCCUCAAUUUUUCCAAGAGGUAUUUCGGUACAGAGUGUGUGACUAUGAAUUUCCACAAUGCCUCACAGGCCACAGGGCUCAUGAAUCAUUACAUUAACAAGGAGACUCAGGGGAAGAUCCCCAAAAUCUUCAAUGAGAUUCAUCCUGACACCAAAUUAAUUCUUGUGGAUUACAUCUCGCUCAAAGGGACGUGGCUGACCCCUUUUGACCCUCUCCUUACUGAGACUGACACUUUCCACCCGGACAAGUACAAGGCGGUGAAGGUGCCCAUGAUGUACAAGGUGGGCAUGUUUGCCUCCAUCUUUGAUAAGAAUUUUCACUGCCACGUCCUCAAACUGCCCUACCGUGGAAACGCCACCAUGCUGGUGGUCCUCAUGGAGAAAAUAGGUGACCACCUCGCCCUGGAAGACUAUCUGACUGCAGACCUGGUGGACACGUGGCUCAGAAACAUGAAAACCAGGUACGGCUCUUCCCCUUGCCCGACCCAAGCUCAGCCUUCCCGUCCUAAUGAGCACUUAUGCCCGUCUAAUUGCGUGGUUCUAAUGCCCGACUAA